GGGCGUGGCCUCCUCUUCGCCGCUGGGGCCUGGGACCCGGAUGGCCGUUUAGUCGGUUUCGAGACGCCGAGGCUCCCACAUCGGGCCCUGGGAAAAAAAAUAAUAAAACGGGGGGGGGGACCCGCCGUAAUCCGCAUCCAUCCUCCGCCUGGCGCCCCCAUCCGCUUGCGGGAAGCCCGUAUCCGGAUAGAGCGGACCGAGCCCGAUCCGGAGAGACAGAGGCACGUUUCGCGAGGAGCCAGGAGGAACCAACGUACUCAAUGACCUUCCAGCGCAAUGUCAGAUCGUUUGGGGCAAACAGCAAAGGGGAAGGAUGGAAAAAAGUAUUCGUCGCUCAACCUGUUUGAUACGUACAAGGGGAAGUCCUUAGAGAUUCAGAAACCCACAGUCCCCCCCCGCCAUGGCUUGCAAAGUCUCGGGAAAGUUGCUAUUGCCCGGCGUAUGCCACCCCCUGCGAACCUGCCAAGUUUAAAAGCGGAGAACAAAGGCAAUGACCCCAACGUCUCACUAGUACCGAAAGACGGGACAGGAUGGGCAAGCAAGCAGGAACAGUCAGACCCAAAGAGUACCGAUGCCUCGACAGCUCAGCCGCCGGAAUCGCCGUCGCCGCCGGCUUCGCAGACAUCUGCCUCAAACCCACCGAAACGACCCCCAACAGCACCCGAGAAUCCCCCUACAGUAGCAAGCGGGGUAAAGUCUUGGGCACAGGCCAGCGUUACCCAUGGAGCGCAAGGAGAUGGUGGAAAGGGAUCAAGCCUACUGUCGCGAUUCUCUCGCGAGGAAUUUCCGACCCUGCAGGCGGCUGGAGACCAGGACAAAGCUGGCAAAGAAAAGGACACUGCCGAUGCGUCGUAUGGGCCCGGACCAAACCUCCGCCCCCAGAAUGCGACGAGCUGGCGGGAUGGAGGCGGGCGGGGCACUGAUGGGGAGGUGCCAGAGCAGCACCCCGGAGCCCCCGACGGGCGGGCCGGGGUGGGCAUGCAGCCCUCCGCCCCGCCCCACUUCCCUCCCUACCGGGGCAUGAUGCCACAGUUCAUGUACCCCCCAUACCUCCCGUUCCCGCCUCCGUAUGGGCCGCAGGGAGCUUACCGCUACCCCACCCCAGACGCACAGAGGUUCCCGCGGCUGGCUGGGCCCCGCCCCUCACAGCCCCCCCAGCGGGCGGCAGAGCCGGUGAGCCGCCCGCCCGUGCUCCGGCAGGACGACCUGAAGGAGUUUGACGAGCUCGACCAGGAGAACGACGAAGGCUGGGCAGGUGCACACGAGGAGGUGGAUUACACCGAGAAGCUGAAAUUCAGUGACGAAGAGGACGGCAAAGAGUCUGACGAGGAAGGGGCCGAGAAACACCAGGACAGCGAGGGGCCAGGCCCCGAGGGCAAGAAAGCUGGCAGCCCCAAGGAGGAGCUGCCCCCUGUCAAGGCGGCCUGGGCCGAGGGCUCCCGCCCCCCGGAGGGGGCCAAGGAACAGCCUGCUGCCCCCACACCUCGCCCUAUGCCACCGCCACCCCCACCCCCCAACCGGGGCAACUGGGGGCAGCCCAACGACUUCCCAGCGCGCCCCCCGGCGCCGGAGGACGAGGACGAGGCGUGGCGCCAGCGGCGGAAGCAGUCCUCCUCGGAGAUCUCGGCGGCGGUGGACCCGGCAUGGGGGGAGACAUUGGGGGGACUGCAGCCCGGCAUGGGGGAAGUCACUAACCCCUCUGUGCCCCCCCAGGAGCAGUUGCUGAAGCAGCAGCAGCAGUGGCAACAGCAGCACGGGCCACCCCCGGUGCCCACCUCCCCCCAGCAACAGGUGGCAGCAGCCUCCCUGGGGGGCCUGGGCCCCUCACCUGGUAUCCAUCCUGCACAGGGGGUGGGGCAGCAGCAGGCUCCGCCCCCCCAGCAGCAGGCCCCGCCCAAGGCCAUGUACCCAGGCUCUAUGGGGCGCCCCCCACCCAUGCCCCAGAUGAACUUCGACCCCCGCUGGAUGGUGAUCCCGCCCUACAUGGACCCGCGCAUGAUGCAGGGGCGGCCGCCCAUGGACUUCUACCCGCCUGGGGUGCACCCCUCUGGUAAGCCCCGCCCAUGCCUGGGUCAUCGCAGGGAUACAACAGGAGUCCUGGCUCCCAGCGCCCCCCCACCCGGGCUGCAGAGAACCCAGGGCGUCGGGCUCACUGGCGUGGAUGCGAUGGUGUUCAAUAAUGGGUCAGGCUGGGGUUUACACCAGUGCCUGGAUGAGCAGCAGUGCCGCGGCUUCGCCCGCAGGCAGAUACGGCCCGCGGAGCGGCACCACCCAGAAGGUGUCAGGUCAGAGCCUCCAUUCCUGGCCAAGGCCCAGCUGCUUCAGUCGGGGGCCAGAGCCCUGGGCGACGUCUCUGGGGUUAACGGCUUCCUCCCCCGGCGCCGCGACCGGCCCCACAAGCAGGAGGACCCCCUUGGCUAUUCCCACAGCCCCGGCUUCCCCGGCCCAAAGCAGGACCCCCCGGGAGCCCACCUGGCCCAGCGCGGCAGGAGCAGCUCCUCUGAGGGGCUGGCGCCCCACAUCUGGAGCCGGCUGCAAUCCAAUAUCCCCAGGAAAAGCUACCGGCCCAGAUCUGUGGAGCACUGGAUCGACCCGUUAAAUGCCUUCGAAGACGUCGUUAGCACAGAGGUCAGCGCUGGGGGAGGGGUCCCUGGGCGUCUCCGUGACCCCGUCUGUCUCCGCAGAUCCCAGCACUUGUACCUGCAGCCUGGCCCGGCCCCCGGCUCCCCGGCGGCCCCCGUCCUGCCCGGCUCGGCCCUGCUCUCGGGGGUGGCCCUCAAGGGCCAGUACGUGGAGUUCUCGGCCCUGCAGGCGGCCGAGCUGGCCAAGCUGCCGGCCACGGGGCUACUGUACCAGGCGGCCCCCCCCUUCCUCUACAGCCCCCCCUUCUGUGCCGGCCAGCUGGGCCCCGAGCAGCCCCUGCUCCAGGUGCGGCAGGAGCUGAAUCCCCCCUCGGAUUUCUACCCAGGCUCCCUGCCCCAGGCCAACCAGAGCAACUUCCUCCAGGCCCCGGGCCCCGCCCAGCAGAUGCUGCUGCCUGUGGUGGAGUCGCAGCUGCCCCCGGUGGUGAACUUCAGCUCCCUGCAGCAGGGGGCGCCAGCCGCCCCCCCACCACUGCCCCUGGUGCCCGUCACCCCGACCCUGCGGCCCCCGGGGCAGCUGGCUGGGCGCCUGGUCCCCUCGCCUGUCCGCGCCUUCCCCCAUGGCAUGGGGCGCACAGAGCUGCACCCCAUGGAGCUGAAGCCCUUCCCCGAGUACCGGAAGCUGAGCAGUCCGGGGGGGCGAGCCCCAGCAGCGGGCAGAGCCUGCGUCGGCCCCUUCAGCUCCCGCCUCCGGGCCCCAGGAUCCAGCUACGCAGGGGGCAGCCGCAGCCAGCGCUCGGAUGGGGGCCCACUGGUCUCCCCAUCGGACGUUCUCUGCUGGACCCCCAGGCCCUGGGAGCGUCACCCCACCCGCCAGCCCCCCAGCCAGAGUGACAAGCAGGAUCCUGGCCUUGCCCAUCAGCGCUAGCCCGGCCCCUGUUCCCCCCCCCCCUCCCUCUCAGUGAGUGGGGAGGGGCUGACCCCUUCCCCCUGUUAACUUCUGGGGUGGGGGGGUUCCCAGGGGGUGAGAGCAGAGCUGCCCCACUGAAUGUAACUGGAGUUGGGUUUGGUUUUGAUUCACCUGAAUUAAUUUGGGGGCCCCUGCCCAGCUGCGUGUAAAUAUGUGUAGGGCAGGGGCCUCCCUCCCCUCCCCCAGCUGGGGGGGGCAGCAGGUUUGUUACAAAAUAAACUGAAAAACUGUUUAAAAAAAUGAA